UGUUUAGUAAUGGCGGACGUCGAUUGCUAGAAGCCAUUAGAAGAACGUCUCGUGUAAAAAACUUGAACAUUUGACGUUUCACCGCUACUGAUUGUAAUUGCUGAACGAUAUAACCAGCAGUGAGAAUGUCGACGGACUUUUACAUACGCUAUUACGUCGGCCACAAGGGCAAGUUUGGGCAUGAGUUCCUGGAAUUCGAGUUCCGGCCGGACGGCAAGCUGCGCUACGCCAACAACUCCAACUACAAGAACGACACGAUGAUUCGCAAAGAGGCAUAUGUGCAUCAGUGUGUGAUGGAAGAGCUCAAGCGCAUUAUCCAGGACUCGGAGAUCAUGCAGGAAGACGACUCGCUCUGGCCACAACCUGACCGCGUCGGACGCCAGGAACUGGAGAUCGUCAUCGGCGACGAGCACAUAUCGUUCACCACCUCCAAGACUGGCUCUCUCCUGGACGUGAACCAGUCGCGGGAUCCGGAGGGUUUGCGAUGUUUCUACUAUCUCGUGCAGGAUCUCAAAUGUUUGGUGUUCUCUCUGAUAGGACUGCACUUCAAGAUUAAGCCCAUAUAAACGACACUGAUGUUUUAUCCAAAGACUUCUGUAUAAUCCCCUUGCUUCUCUAUUUUUAAUAAAAUACACGUAGUUAUUUGUA